AUGAAGAAACAUAAGUUAUUUGAAAACACUGGGGAAAAGAUCACGUUCAGUUACUCAAGCGUAGUUCCCAUUUCAAACAAAUCCAAGGCUAGUAUUGAGGAGCCCAAUGAUGGUCCGCUCUCCAGUGAAGCCAGCAGCCAGCCCUUUUCCUGUCGCUUCUGUGGAAAAUGUUUCAACGCUUCAUAUUCUCUGAAGAAACACAUCUGUAGUAUGCACAAGGGUGACAAACCAUAUCGCUGCCUGGAAUGUGGAAAACGUUUUGGGAAAGAAAUCCAUCUUGUCGCUCACAAAAAAGUGCACCAGCGAAGGAUACAAUGUACUGUUUGCAAGAAGAUACUUCCUACCAUUGGGGACUUGAUUCAACACAGGCAAUCUCAUAUCAAAAAGGGCAUGCUUCAGUGCCCAGACUGCCCAUCGCAAUUCCAGUACCCAGUGUAUCUUCUUCGACAUAUGGCAUCACAUCACAAACUUCAGCAAGAGCAGCCACUCAAAGAGAAAAAACAGAGGCACCCCUCAAAACUUGAGCCGCUUGGGUCCUUGCCACCACUCAAAGAGCAGGAAGAGGAAGACAAUUUGGGAUGCCCCCUUUGCCCAGAGGUCUUUCACAGUGCCACAGAACUGAGUAGUCACUGCCUAAACCAUGAUUCGGAGUCCUCUUCAAGUCAGUGUCCAUUUUGUAAACGCCUCUUCUCUUCCCGCACAUCUUUGGUACGCCAUAUACGCAUUCAUACAGGGGAGAAACCAUUUUCUUGUCAGAGUUGUGGAGCACCUUUUCGUCGAAAAGAGUAUCUCCAGUUGCACCAAGAAAAGUGUCCAGGUCCACAAAGCAAGCAAGAACAGCCCACUAUCAAAGAAAGUGAAGAUGUGUCAUCAAAAUCUUUGGUGACAAGAAUAAGGAAAGUACACAAGUGUUCAUACUGUCCUCGGGAAUUUGAAAAAUUGCCCCGUUUAAUGCUGCACCACAAUGGUCACAUGCAGAAUACAGUAAUCCCCUGUCCAAAAUGUGGUAAAUGUUACAGACAAAGGCGCAAGUUACAUGAAAGACUUUGCAAUGGCUCAAACAUAAAAUCUGAGGAGCCAGUCAGCACUGUCUUGCAUCCUUGUAGGAAUUGUGGGAGGAAGUUUUCAAGGGAUUAUAAUCUAAAUGUCCAUGAGAGUACUUGCAACACUGUAAAGCCCUUGCAAAAAAACACCAGCAAUUCUGGCAACUCAAACAUGCAUCCUUGCAGGAAUUGUGGAAAGUACUUUACAAGGAGUGAUAAUCGGAAUGUCCAUGAGAAGACUUGCGACUCUGCCAAGCCCUUGCAAAAAAACACCCUAGAAAUUAGGACCAGUAGCAGGGACAAGUUGCAGCACAAAUGCCCCCACUGCCCAAGCAAGUUCAAGUACAGAAGUCUUCUCCUGAGACAUAUUGGGUCACACACUGGAGAAAGAUCAUAUCCAUGCAUGCACUGUGGUCACAGCUAUGCAAUCCAGUCACGAUGCUUACAGCAUGAAGCUUUCUGUGAUGGCGUUAAUAGACAAAAGCCACCAAGCGCCAGCCUUGUUGAAUAUAAGUGCAAUAUCUGCACAAAAACCUUCAUGAAAUCCCGAAAUUUAAGGCGGCACAUCCUAACACACACAGAGGUCAAGCCAUAUCGCUGUAAGGCCUGUGACAGCUGUUUCUCCAGGCAUGAUCAUCUAAAACUGCACCAGAGUCGCUGCAAAGGGAAAAGACAACGUCUAGAGGUUCGCAUUGCCAAAAUUAGUCUUACAGAUGUUGGAAGGGGCUGGCAAAAUAACCUGAACAAUACCGAUUCAGGAACGCAACAAGGGUUUGACUGCAGUAUAUGUUCAAAGAGCUUCCCCACUCCUAGCAUUAUGGCCCGACAUAUUGCCAUGUCACAUGCUAUAAGAACCAUCAGUUCAUUUACUCAUGGAAAAUCACUUAAGAGACAUACAAGUGUCGGUGCAUGUCAAAGAAUUUACGCAAAAACAAAGCAUUCAGAAAAGCUAAAUGUUACAAGCCCACCAUCUAGAGAGACAAACCGACUUCUACAGAGGAUCCAGCUGCAAUAUAAAGACAAACGCAAAUUCAAAUGUACCUUUUGCCCUCGCCUUUUCAAAAGUGGUGAGCAAUUGAGGGUGCACACCCGCUUGCAUACAGGGGAGAAACCUUUUGGCUGUUCUAAUUGUGGUGAGAGAUUUAUCCGUAGGGACUACCUGCAGCGCCAUUUGAACAGGUGCAAAGGAGAACCUCUUGACAGAGUGCUUUGUGACAGAUGUGGCGACGUAUUUUCUCAAGAAGAACUCGAGAACCAUCUACUGACAUGUGUUGUCAAGUGUAAAUCACCUGCCCGUAGUCUAACUGAUUCCACUGCUCGCAGUCCCCCAAAAGGGUUCUCCUGUGCUAAUUGCAGUGCCCACUUCUUGUUGUUCUCACAGCUCCAGCAACACUUUCUCAACACGCAUAGCGAAGCUCCAACAAAUCAGGCUUCACCUCUACAGGAGCAGUUGUCUAGCAUGGUGAACAUAAAAGAGGAGCCAAUGGAUGAAGGAUAUGGUGACACUCAGCAGAAUAGUGAUAACAAUCUCAUGCUUAAUCAAGACAGUGAUCCAAAUAAUGAUAUGAACAAACCCAUUGAGUGUCCACAGUGCAACAUGCACUUUGGAAAUAAGGGUGGAUUUGCCAGACACAUGCGUACACAUUUAGGACAGUACCCAUUCAACUGCAAGAAAUGCAAGAAAGGCUUUUGGAACAAAAACUUCUGUCGGACACAUGUAAGGAAAUGUAGACUUGUAAAGGUCACCAAGGAAGAAAUUGACACUCUAAUUACUUCAGAGAUGGAUCCUACUCUUAAAGAGACUGUCCUAGUCUUCAACCAAGGUUCCAAAACAACAGGCACUGGGGUUUUGCAGACUAAUUUCUCCUGCAAAGAUGACUUGAAGGAUUUAACACUGCAGAGUUCCUUUGGAAAUCAAGGCAAAGGAAGCUCUUCCAAUGACAGAACAAAUUGUGGUCAACAAGUCCAAGGCAACAAGUACCAGUGCUCAGAGUGUGAUCGAAGUUUCACAGAUGGGCUUCUGCUCAUCAGCCAUUUAGAGGACCAUGGGCGCGAGGAGCUAGAAAGAAAAAAGAAAUCCUGCCAGCAUUGUGGUAAGACAUUUGCUAAUCCUUCAGACCUAGGAAGGCAUAUGAGAGUCCACUGGAAUGAGAAGACCCAUUCUUGCCCAGAAUGUCCACAGACUUUUCUCUGUCCGUCUGACCUUGACAUCCAUAGAACUUGUCAUGACUCAAAUAGACCAUUUGUCUGCAAAGAGUGUCAACAAAGGUUUUGGACCAGUCAAUCUUUAGAAAACCAUAAAAGCCAAGCUCAUCCAAAAGAACUAAUUUAUACAUGCCAUGUCUGUAACAAGAACUAUUCAAUCAGAAGUUCACUUGUUAAACAUAUUCGGAUGAAGCAUCAAACCCAGAAGAACAUGGAUGUUAUCCACGUGAAGGAAAAGGAGACUGCAGUGCAAGAGGAAUUUGACAUGGAAGUUGAUGUGGAUGGAGGAAGUAAUGCAAGUAAUGAAGAUGAAAUGAAAAUGAGGACAAUGACUCUGACUCUGCAGACUACUUCCCCUGCCAUGUCUGUGGGAAAACGUUCACCACAUCAGAAAGCCUUGAGGAUCACCAACGCUGUCACCUUGGUGAAAAACCUCAUGAGUGUGCAGAAUGUGGCAAAUGUUUUUUCCAGGCAGGACAACUGCAACAGCACCUUCGGAGCCACAAGUCUGAGUAUCAGUGUCAAAUAUGUGGCAGAGGCUUUGUCUCACUCUUUGCCUUACGCAAACACAAGCAUACUCAUGGAAAGAGCCGUCAACACCGUUGCUCCAAGUGCCCGCUCAGCUUCACAGGGCCCUCGCAGCUGGCAGAGCACAUGGGCACCCACCGCGAUGACAAUUUCCCUUGUGAUAUAUGUGAUCGCACAUUCUCCUGCAAGAUGAGUCGGGCAGAGCACCGGAAAAUCCACACUGAGACAGAGGAUGUUCCACUGCCUUUACUUCCACCAGAGAAGACUGCAUCCCCCUCUCCUACUGCCUCUUCUUCUACAAUGAAGUACCUUCAAUAUCGUUGUGGGGUUUGCAAUGAACGUUUCAAAGAACCAGAACAACUGUCUGAGCAUGGGUGCAUGGCUGCCAGAGAGCGACCUUAUUCAUGCCAAGAAUGUAAUAAGCAUUUCUUGCAUGCAUCUCACUUAAAUAAGCACGAGCUCAGUCACUACCAAAUACCACAAUCAUACGUGUAUCGGUGUAAUCAAUGCCACAUGAGUUUCAACUACCGUCACAAUUUCGUCAGUCAUUUAAAGAAACACGGUGAUGAUGAGGCUGCAGCAGAAGCUCUGAAAGGAGGCUCAGUGACAAAUGCUUGGGAAACUGUUUCAGAGAAGAGAACAAUUUACAAAUGCCCAAUUUGCCCUCACGGGUUUACUCAUGCCAUAGAACUGGCAAGUCACCUUUCAAUACACUCUGAGAACACGUUUGAUUGCAGUGUUUGCAAGUUGACAUUUCCCACCAAAAACAAGCUUGCUGAACAUGAAGAGAGCCAUCUGACUGCUGCAACACAAUACGAGUGCACUGAGUGUGGUCAAAGCUUCUUGGGCAGUGAUUUCCGCCAGCACCACUGUGCUCGUCGGCAACGUGCUGUUACAGACCAUGAACGCCCACAUCUGUCAAAUAGAAAGUCAAUGGAGGAAGAAGAAGAGGUGGAUGUUGGGGAGGACUUCUUUAAUUGUACUGUCUGCUUAAAGCGAUUCUCUUCUCGCGGUAGUCUCCAGCAGCAUCUAAACAAAGAGCAUCCCAAUGAACGGCCAUUCAAGUGCCAGUCUUGUGGAAAGACCUUUGCUCUGAAGAGAUAUCUCAGAGACCAUGAGCGAAGACAACAUAAGUUUGGCACUGAAUUAGCCCACCCGACAUACAAAGCCACGGACAGUGAGCGCCAGUACAAGUGCUCAGUUUGCCCCAAAACAUUAACCUCGGCACACGACCUGUCAUUGCAUAUGAAAGUGCACACAGAACAGGAAUCUGGAGGAGACCACCGUUGUGACAUGUGCUACAAAUCAUUCAGUCGACUGUCUCUUCUCAGGCAGCAUCAAGAAAGUCAUGUUGGGCAAGUUGUAUAUGAAUGCACAGAGUGUGACAAAGCGUUUGCUUUCCCACAUCUUCUAGAGGAACAUCAAAAGACUCAUGCUGCUGGACCAUAA